AUUAAACACAACAGAAGAAGAAGAACAAGAGGCACUUCAGCCCUAUUCACAGCAGUUGUUGCUGCCGACAGUCUUUGCUGUUUUCAAAGAGGUUUAUGUUAAGGAUUUUGCAGGGAAGACGGAUUUUACUUUCACUCUUUAAUUUGCGCAACUGUUCAUCUAUCACCUGCUAUGAAAUGACAAGACGCGUCGAACUGCAAUAACUAAAAUGGAUAUGCGGCCACAAUCUGAUCUGUGUAAACGUCUGAACUAACCUCCUGAAAACAAACACUGCUAAAAUAGAGAAUCAUUACCGGAAUUUGACUCUUUCAUUUGGAUCUAGUUCAGAUUUACGAGUUUUACGCAGGAUUUUGGAGCUUCUCUAAUAUAAACACACGAGGCCGAUUCUGUUGAUCCAACCCUGUGACGAAUCAUGGCCAAAGUACAGGUGCUAAAUGUGGCUGUUUUGGAUAAUCCGAGUCGUUUUGGAAACCCGUUUCAGUUCGAGAUCACAUUUGAGUGUAUGGAGGACCUACCUGAAGAUCUCGAGUGGAAGAUCAUCUAUGUGGGCUCUGCAGAAAGUGAGGAGUAUGACCAGACUUUGGACUCAGUUCUGGUCGGCCCGGUUCCUGCAGGCAGACACAUGUUUGUAUUUCAGGCUGAUGCUCCAAAUACAGGACUGAUCCCAGAGAGCGACGCAGUGGGUGUGACCGUCGUGCUAAUCACAUGCACCUACCGUGGACAAGAAUUCAUUCGGAUUGGCUACUAUGUAAACAAUGAGUAUACAGACCCUGAGCUACGGGAAAACCCACCAGUAAAACCGAACUAUACACAGCUGCAGAGGAACAUCUUGGCAUCUAACCCUCGUGUGACCCGAUUCCACAUUAAUUGGGAAGCAACGAUGGACAAGAUGGAAGAUUCAGAAAAUGUAGAUCCCGCCCCCAACACCAUGCUCCCACCCACCUCCAUGCCUGGAAAAGCCCCGCCUCUAGGACUCAUGCCUGACAACUCUAUGGACUGCUUAUAGAACUCAAACUCUUUUUGGUUAUGCAUAUUAAGUGAUAUUUUUUUAUUUAUACCUCGAAAUGCUCUUACAGUUGCCCUAAAAAGGUAUUUGGCAAUACAGCUGUUGGGACGAGUGUAACUGGACACAGUACUUACCUCAGUAUUUUGGCACUUACUGCCUUGAUAUCACAUCUAAACCUUGUGAAAGUAGUUGUGGGACUUCACAAGCAUCCUCUUGCCUUCCCUGUUCUGGACACAAGAGGGCCCCACCUUAAGAAGUGGCUGACAUGGAUGGCUUUCUUCAAAACUGUCCUGUGUGAGACCAGAAUCUUAGAAAACAUGUUCAGUUUUUGACUUAAACUAUAUUUUGCGUAAAGAAAAUGAAGCCUGUUUUUAGGGCUGUUCAAGAUGAGAUUUUUUGCAUUUUAAGGACUUGUUCUUCAACUAUAAUCAUAAAUGUAAUGAAAAUUAAAUGAUUGUUAAAGUACAAAUGAUUGUAUUAUGGUAAAUGUUUAUUGUAAUACAGUAGUAAAUGUCUGAGAAUUGCCAUUAAAAAAAACUCAAGUACAGCGGUAAGCAGAAAAUUUACUUAAUUGUCAUUAAAAUCUUGGUGUUAAAAUUCUUAGAUUCCUAAUAAUAAUAAUAAUAAUAGGCUAUAUUUUCUUAGGGUGACAUUUUAUUUUCCUUUUAUAGUGGCCUGUGUUUAAAUUUGAUGUGUUUUCGUGAAAUGACCCCAUAAUGGUUUAGACUUAAAGUUUUUGGGAUAUAUUUACUAGGAGAUGACAUCUGGGACUCAUCACAAUUUAAUCUGUACUUCUAAAUAGGAUACAGGGAUUAUUGUGAUCACAUAGUAAAAGAUUGUUAUUUUUGUUUGAGUGUUUUUUUUAACCUGUACGUUCGGUUUUUACGCUGGUUCACAGCUACUUUGAUGUGAUGUUUAAGUCUUUUUUUUAAAGAUUUAAUAAAUGUUAACUUUUCUCUUUGUAAAA